UCCACUUUCCCUCUCAUGAAAAUUAUUAUAUUGAAAAAUAUUGAAAUUGGAGAGGCGACUUUGAACUUCAAACUCAGCAGAGAAAAAGCUCCUCCGUGCUCAGCUCGAACUCUCUCUCGCUCUCUCUCUUUGAAUCCCAUCAUCAUCGAGCAUAUUAGAACUCUUGGUUGGGAUAUUCAAUUCAUCUUGGUCUGCCCGGCUUGCUUAGCUAUCAAUGCCUUUGCCCUUCUCACCUCAGUGGAAAGAUAAGGGGUUUUAUGCAGGUGUGAAGCUUAAAGAAGCUGGGCAAACUGCAGGAACUUUUGUUGGCGAGGUAGCAAAGGACGCUAAAGGCAAUGUUGCUGAAGUGGCAGGACGAGUCGGGUCUAGUGUCAAGGGUCGCUGGGCACUGCUACGGCAACCAUCUACCAGACACGCAAUGCAGGAGCGCCUCGUAGAGGCAGCAGCAUCAACAGGCUCAUUUCUAAGGAAGGGCAUUUCGGAGACAAAAGAUAAGGUUGCUGUUGGCAAGACGAAAGUCGAGGAGGUGGCGAAAAGGACAGCACAGAAAAGUAAAACUAUAAUUACUGAUAUCGAAAGGUGGCAAAAGGGAGUUGCAAGCACUGAUGUAUUUGGAGUUCCAAUUGAGGUAACUGUACAUCGUGAAGAGUCCAGCCGGCCCGUUCCGCAAAUUUUGGUCAAAUGUGCUGAUUACCUUGUAUUAUCAGGGCUAAAUGCUCCAUAUCUGUUCAAGUCUGAAGGAGAUAAGAAGGUUAUCCAGCAGUUGGUCUCAUCAUUCAAUCUAGAUUCAAAUGCAUCUCUGCCUGAUGGUGUAAAUCCAGUGGACAUAGCAGCCUUAGUCAAAUGUUAUCUUGCAAGCCUUCCAGAGCCUCUCACCACUUUUGAACUUUAUGAAGAGAUGAAAGGAGCUCGUUCAAGUAUAAAUGCAAUGAGAAACAUACUAAAGAAGCUUCCGAAUGUCAAUUUUAUGACUUUGGAAUAUAUAACUGCACUACUGCAUCGUGUGAGCCAGAAGUCCCUUCUGAACAAGAUGGAUGCACAGAGUUUAGCUAUGGAAUUUGCUCCUUUGAUUAUGUGGCAGAAUGGGCAGAAACCUGAGUAUUAUAGGCGAUACUGGAAUGAUCCACGCACAAGUCAGAACGGCAUGGACACAGCGCCUACUUACAGUGCAUGGGACAUGCUUGCAGAAGAGGAUGAUACUGCCGUUGCGUCAUCCAUGAUUCCCUUGGAUGAUGGGACGCCAAUGGAUUUUGGUGCCAUCGAGGUUGUUCAAUGCCUCAUACAACAUCACAAUGCCAUCUUCACGGAUGCCAAUGAGACAGUUUGGAGGUAACUGAGAUUGAAGUCCAUCCUUGUACAGAAAGGGAUGCUGACCAUUUGGAUCGUGCAUCAUCAGCAGCAGCAUCAGCUUCAACCGAUUUAUUCCUGAUGCUUUCUUAUAGCAUAGUUUUUGGAUAGAUAUUGUAAAUGGCAGUGAUGAUAUAGACGUUAAUCCCACACCCUAGUUUCUUUUCCAUGUUCCGUAAAUAUUUUGUUUCGCAAUUCUGCUUUGUAGAACUUGUAUCUGCAUUGAGAAGAUUUCGUACCUCUUCAUGCAUCCACGACGAGUGGUCUCCUCUGUUAUGCAAUAAAGAGCCGUGUCUUGUUGUCUGAA